AUGUUGAUAGGACACGCAGAUGGUCUAUCAGAACUUGGAUCAUCGAAGGAUUACCUACUUUCUGAUCCUGAACCGGAGUUGGAUGAUGAUGAUGAUGAAUUUCAUUCUGAACAGGUAUUGUAUGCAGCUUCAUUUGAGGAACUUGGAGAAAAUACUAUCAAGUAUGACACCGUUAUAUGGGUUUCCAUAUCCUUGUUGCUGGCUUUAGCUUGGGGAGUUGGUAUCCUUAUGCUGCUAUAUUCGCCCACUACAGGAUAUGUGCUUCGAAAGGAGAUUUCUUCACGCAAACUUCAUGUUACGUGGGAUAUUCAAUUCUUAUAUCUUUGUUAUUCACAAAAAAGUAAGAAAGAAAUAGCAGUUCAUAUACCGUUACUGAAUUUACUGUUGUUUUAUUAUUUUCCUUGUGUCAAGGUUUCAAGGCCUUCAUUCAUACCCUUUUGGGGAGUAGCAGCGAUUGAGAAGUGUGUUCCGCUUUCAUCAGUGAUUGAUGUCAUCAUGGAACAAGGUUGCAUACAGUCUGUUUAUGGGAUUCAUACAUUUAGAGUUGAACGUAUAGCAAGUGGAAAAGCUGCACCAGUAGGUGAACUACAAGUUCAAGGUGUUAUUAACCCUGCACUUCUAAGGAAGGUCAUAAUAACUGAAGCUGCAAAAAAUACACAGGAUGUUGGAAAAGGCUGGAAACCUGCUGCUUACACAGGGGAAGGGAAGGGUAAGUCUAGAACAGUAUCAUUUAGUGAGGGAGCAGCUGCUUUUAAAUCGCCAACCAAAAGCUGGAAGAUGACAAGUUCUCCACGCUAUGCAUCUAUGGAGCCUAGAAGUGCAGUACCAAGUGAAGUGGUGCUCAAUAAGCUUGAAGAAGUCAGUAAGUCAGUAAAGGAAAAUGGUUGUGUUUGUUUGCAUUUGUUUUUUAAAUGUACUUAAGGUGCGUUUAUGAUAUCCAUGACCAGAAAAUUGAGUUGCUCGUUGAGAAGUCCCAGACUGCCCCACAAAGCAGCCAGCCAGAAUUAAGUCGAUGAUUGUCAAGAUAGAAGUAUAUCUGGUUACAGAAAUAACUAGAGAAGUAGUUCUAUCAAUGGAACCCUCGGGGAAAAAACUGCAGUAACCAGCUAACAAUUUGUAGGGUAGAGUUGCUUCAUGUGUUAUUGUAUAGAAUAGAACUGGGAUUUUCUUUCCCAGUAACUUUAUAAACCUCGGGAAUUGAUUGUCUUUUCUUUUUGUUGGGGACAGAUAUUCAUAUGAAUUCUGCAAUAUUCUUCUUACAGUCUUGAUGUUGUAGAGAAUUCCACCAAGUGAAUGUCAUACAUUUGUUUGUAUAAAGUUCACUUUAACCCAUUUUUUCCAUAUGA